AGCAGUUGCUUCAGAAAACUCAAAAAGCGUUCGCCUGAAUGGACUCCUUCAAAGGGUCCGUCAUCAUAUCCAUUGAAAGUAUCCAUAACAGGCAAAUCCAUGACAAAUUCGGCGAGUGUUUAUUGUUUAAGCGAAAGUGAGGAACCGUUGAGGGUUGAAAUGAAUAAGAAUGAAAACGACAACUCAAAGUCGUCAUUUUGGGAUUCAGUCAGCGUUUGGCAUUAUAUUUGUGCUGGUCUAGUGAUAUUCAUCGUGACGGCAAUCUUAGUUGCGAUUCUGUUUUGUUUGUUUCGUUGUUUUCAUGUGGAGAACAUUGUGAUACAUGAUCCAAAUGGAACGAUUGAUGCAUAUGGGAAAUUAGGUGAACGACCAAUUCAACUGCAACCAAUACGCAAAUCGCGGAUUUGA